AUGAACCAUGCGAGCCUGAGGCGCAGUGCCGUUCUUCUCAGCUGCUCUCGUCAGCUGAGGGCUGUUCGGCAUUGUGCUCAACGAACACUGGCGACGGCGACCGAGUCUGACGCCUCCGAGUCGGACAUCGACUUCCCGCCACCACUAUCCGCAUUCUCGCGAAAACGCUACAAGUCCACUGACUCAAUACCUCCGGAGGCGAGAUCAGUCUUUGUUCGGCCAUGGGAUGGGAUCUCGUCAAUGCCUGAGUUGUUGGCCAUGGUUCGGGGGAUCGAGCGCCAUUACGGGCGGAUUCGCGAGUACAGUGUGUUGCGCGAUUACGACUUCAGUGCUCAAUAUGUCCCCUACUUCUGGGUCAACUUUGCCGACCCAGCAUCGCUCGCACUGGUCCCGGAGACCCCUUCCCUGUUGAAGAUCGACGUACCGGUCACCGACCACGCCCGCCCAGGCGGUAUUGGCCUGGAUGAUAUUCAGAGUCUCCUCGCUCCCGAGGACUAUGUAUCGUCCGAGGACGUUGCUCAUGAGGCGACCACAAAGGCCACCUCAACGGAUGAGCGCAAAAUGGUCACGGUGGACCUCCGGAUUGAACGAGCCAGUGCGUCUGCCAUUCCGUUCGAGCUCGGAGUACACAGGCGCAAGCCUCCAAAUAUUGGGUAUUUCCAGGGAUCGUUUUACGAGUGGGGUGGGUUCUACAAGCUGCCCUCGCUCGAAGCCGUGCACCCUGCUGCUACAAUGCGGAUGGGCGUGGAGUAUCGCAACAGGGGACGCAACAUCCUGAAGGGGGCAGCAGACGCAGACGUAACAGAGGAGGACGCGGAGGAUGCAGAGGAUACGCCCGACAUGCCGGCGAAAUCAGCUAUUGCCGAUGAAGCUGCAUUCGCCUCCUCGUCCACGUUGUCUCCUAUAGAAGCCUACGUCUCCUACGAACAUACCGCUUCUGACGCGGCGACAUCGUAUGAAGCAACGGAUGCCGCGCCAACGCCAGAGCCAAACCCUUCGGCACAAGCAGCCCGCCUCUCGUCGAAGCGCGAGCAGAUCUUGGCGCGGGCUCGCGUGAACGCUCGGACACCGUUGCCUGCAUCGGUUCUGCAGACGGGCGAGGAGAAGCGGCAACAGGAGCGGGAGGAAGAAAAGCGCGUGCAGACCUCAGUGCGGGAGAGACUGUGGCGGCUAGUUGGGUCGAAGUGGUUGUAA